AAGAAGAGCCAAAUAAUAAAUGCAGCAGCAGGAGUAGUAUAGUAUUACGAUAAUAAAAACACGAGACCACACUCUUCCUUAACAAAAGCCAACCCCACGCCAUACAAACUAAUAGCCUCUCUCUCUUCCCCUCCCUCGCAUCUUCUUGAAAAUGAAAAGAUUGUAACACGGUGGUUUGAGUGGCGGCGGCGGUGGUAGUGGUGGUGGCCGGUUAGUAGUGGUUGUAGUAGUAAGAGUAAAUUCGUUUUUGAAAUUACCUGUCAUUGAAGACUCCGCCUUAUACUUCAUGCUUUCUUUGUGUUAGCGUUUAUUGCUUCUUCUUAUUCUUCUCUCUCUCUCUCUCUCAAUUUUUUUAUAUUUAUAAAACCAUAAUCUUUUUUCUUUCAUUUUAUUUUAUACUCUUCUUCAAUGGCUGUUCAAGCUCAAUACCCUUCCAAUGUUCUUCUCCUCAACAGAAACGGGCAAGAAGGUCAUGAUUAUCCAUUGCAGUUGCAGCAACAACCGGCCGGCGGAUUGUUUCUUGAUCAAUCUCAUAUUUUAUUCACCGCCGCUAAUGGAGGAGCUGCAGGUUCUAAUACCAAUAAUAAUAAUCAUCAACGGAAAAGAGCAAGAGAAGUAAUAACAGCAACGCCACCGGGCGGCGGAGGAGGAGGCGGAGGAGGGCAUAUUAAUCAAUUCUCUUCUUCUUCUUCUGUUAUGCUACCUCAUCAUCAACUAAUAAGCCUUUCUCAACUCCAUAAUCAGAAUCAGAACCACCCAUCUCAGCCAAAUGUCAACGUCUCCACCGGUCUCCGAUUAUCUUUCGGCCAUGAACAGCCACCGCAGCAGCAUAAUUAUAAUAAUUAUAACCCACAUCAACCAAUGACUGGCUCCACAGCUUUUAUUUCUUUAUUAUCUGAAGAUUUCUCCGCUCAAAUUAAACGCCAAAGGGACGAAAUUGAUCAAUUUCUUCAUGCCCAGGGAGAGCAAUUGCGGCGUACAUUAGCAGAAAAGAGGCAACGGCACUACCGUGCGCUACUAAGCGCAGCGGAAGAAUCUAUUACCAGGAAAUUAAGAGAAAAGGAAACUGAGGUCGAGAAAGCCACUCGCCGUAAUGCCGAGUUAGAAUCACGCGCCGCUCAGCUCACGGUCGAGGCACAAGUUUGGCAAGCGAAAGCGAGGGCACAGGAAGCGACGGCGGCGUCUCUGCAAGCGCAGCUGCAACAAGCUAUAAUGAGUGGCGGAGGCAGUGGAUUGGGGGCGGUAGAUAAUCGUAGAGGGGAUGACGGAUUGGGUUGCUCCGCCGGAGGAGUGGAGGGGCAAGCGGAGGAUGCGGAGUCUGCUUAUGUAGAUCCGGAGCGGGUUACGGUGUCGAGUGGGCCCAGUUGUAAGAGCUGCCGUAAACGGACGGCGACGGUGGUGGUGCUGCCGUGUCGGCAUUUGUGUAUGUGUAGAGAAUGCGACCAAGUAGCUCAAGCUUGCCCUGUUUGCCUCCAACUAAAAAAUUCUAGUGUUGAGGUUUUUCUCCAUUGACAUCAAAAAGCCCGCCCAGUCACUAUGGACCAAGCCCAUUUUGUGGCCCAGCCCAUUGGAAGUAAAAAUGCUUUUAGGAUGAAAAAGACUUAAAAAAAAUUAAAUAAUGCUGAGUAUAAUAAAAUUUUACAUUUUCAAAUUUUUAAAAAUUGGGGUUACAUAUUAGCACACCCUAGACUGAAUUUAUAAUUAUUUUUUGAAUUUUUUGUUUUCGUUUUUCCCCUCUUAAUGUACAUGGCCAUAUGGAUGGUGCAAUUUUCUUUUCUUUUGAAAUUAAAUUUAUAUAUAAAUUCUUUUAUUUGAUA